AUGCCCCGUGCCUUUUUGGUCAGGAGUCGGCGCCCGCAGCCCCCCGACUGGGGUCACCUACCUGACCAGCUCCGGGGAGAUGCCUAUGUCCCAGACUGCAACAGUCUCCGGGGUCUUCCAGCACACCAGUCGUCCAGCCUGGGGGACUCGUGGGUGGCACAACCCACGCAGGGUACUCUGGCUGCCACUCUCAGGGGCACAAGGACACUUGGCUGCCCCCUCUGCCCCAAGGCCUUCCCACUGCAGCGCAUGCUGACGCGCCAUCUCAAGUGCCACAGCCCAGUGCGCCGCCACGUGUGCCGCUACUGUGGCAAAGGCUUCCAUGACGCCUUCGACCUCAAGCGUCACAUGAGGAUUCACACUGGGAUCCGGCCGUUCCGCUGCGGAGCUUGUGGAAAAGCAUUUACACAACGCUGCUCGCUAGAAGCGCAUCUGGCCAAGGUGCACGGGCAGCCGGCCAGCUAUGCCUACCGUGAGCGCAGGGAAAAGCUGCACGUCUGCGAGGACUGCGGCUUCACCAGCGCCAAGCCCGAGGUCUAUGCUCAACACUGCGUUCUGCACCGGGCCCCUGGAACCCAGCGCCCCAACUCCUACCCGUGA